UCACGGUCCUGGUUGGGGGCGUUCUCGGGGAGGGCACACAAGGAGCUGGCCGGCGGCGGGCGUAUAGGUUCGGCACCAUGAAAAAAGUGGCUUCCAAGCAGUCUCCGCCCAAGCUGUUCGAAAAGAAGCGGGCAAAGGUACCUGAACAGCCCACACCCCCAAUUCAGGAAGAACCUGAACCUGUUAGCAAUGUGCUACAAGGAGAUGACAUUCUUGCCUUAGCCAUUAAGAAGGAAGACUUGAGGAAGCAACAUCUUCCUCGCCUUAUUGAAACAGAAGAUAAACAUGUAAUUACCCAGAGAUUUGUCAUCCGUAAACCCAAACCCAAGGAUCAUAGGAGGAAGGUCUCACACUUAGUAGCACAUCCUGCUACUCCAGAUGCAGCCACAAAGCCCCUGGACUACUCUGGACCAGGUGACAUCUUCCAUGGCAGUGACCAGAUCCUGCCCCACCACAUCCUGGGGAGUCUCCAGGACUUUAAGAGAAUUGCAAUUGCUCGAGGGAACACCCAGCUGGCUGAGCUGAUACACACCCCACCCUGUCUGAUGACCCUCAUCUCAACUGAAGAAGAGCCAAAGCAGGAAGCCCCAAAAGAAGAGAAGGCACAUCCUCCCUGGGUCCCGCCUGUGCAGCACAACUUUCUGAAAAACUGGCAGCGCAACAUAGCCCUUCGGAAGAAGCAGCAGGAAGCUCUCAGUGAACGGCUGAAGAAGCCAGUCAGCGAGCUGCUGAUGCACACAGGGGAGGCGUACAGACAGAUCCAGGAGGAACGGGAGCUCCUUGACCGAAUGCUGGCAACACGGUCUGAUGGGAAGGGCUGCAAAUUGGCCAGUGGGUUCUGGAGUCAACUGGAAUACGUGGGAGACGAAAUGACCGGUCUGGUAAUGACAAAGACAAAAACUCAGCAUGGCCUCGUGGAGCCAAUCACUCAGAUCAAGAAGCCCUGGUCCAUCCAGGCAGAGAUGGGGUUGCCAGCCCAGAAGGAUGCGUGGUACCGCUACACCUGGGAUCGGAGUCUGUUUCUGACCUGCCGACGCAAGGAGCUGCAGAGCAUCAUGGCAGAGCUGAAUUUUAGCCAGCAGGAUAUUGAUGGCCUGGAGGUGGUGGGCAAAGGGCGGCCUUUCUCCACUGUUACGGUAGAAGACUAUUCAGUGUUUGAAAGGAGCUUGGAGAGCUCCUCUGAAGACACAGUGCACUUAGACUUAUUGGCCAAUUACCCUGAUGUGGUUCCUAUGCCUGUCCUUGGCCCUUCUCUGCUGUUCUGUGGGAAGCCAGCCUGCUGGAUCCGAGGCAGUAAUUCAGAGGACAAGAGGCAUGUUGGAAUUGCUGUCCGCUUGACCUUUGAAACUCUAGAAGGGGAGAAAACAUCUUCAGAACUGACUGUGGUCAAUAAUGGCACAGUGGCCGUUUGGUACGACUGGCGGCGGCGGUCACAGUGGGACUCUUUCCAAGACCUGAAGAGGAAUAGGAUGCAGAGGUUUUACUUCAACAAUCGGGAAGGUGUAAUUCUGCCUGGAAAAACUAAAAACUUUACCUUUUUCUUCAAAUCUUUGAAUGCUGGGAUCUUCAGGGAGUGUUGGGAAUUUGGAACCCACCCUACGCUAUUAGGAGGUGCUCUCCUGCAGGUCAACCUCCAUGCAGUCUCCUUGGCCCAGGACAUUUUUCGGGAUGAGAGGAAGUUAUUAGAGAGCAAGCUGGCCUCCCAUGAAGCAGUCACCAUCAUAGAGAACAUGCUGCAGGAGCUUCUGAGGGGGAUCCUGACCCCCGAGCGCACACAGUCACCUGUGGAUGCCUCUGUCACUGAGGAGGACUUGUUCCACCAUAGGAAUCCUCAGCUGCAUUACCAGCACCAGGUGGUGCAACAUCUGCACAGUCUGUGGCGCCAGUACAUGAUGCUGCCCCUCAAGGCUGAGGAGGCCAGGCCCGGCGAGGAGGGGCACCUCAGCCCCAGGGCCCAGGCUGCUGCAACCCCGUCAGCCUACUCGGAGGAGACCUCAAUGAAGAUCGAGUCUUCUGCACACCUUAAGAGCCCAACGUUAGACCCUCAACUGCCCUGGCAGGAGACUGAGGCCCUCAAGGACUCCCAGGAUCAUGUUGGGUCCCAGAAGACUGGGCUAGGGGUCAGGCAUUCUCAGCGGAAGAGCAUCAUGGAGGAGAUCCUGGUGGAGGGGAGCCCGGAUCCGGAGAGCAUCAGGAGCCCCUGGGAACUGGAUGGCCUUCUCCUGCCAGAGUGGAAUCUCUGCCUGGAAGACUUCAGAAAGGCAGUGAUGGCACUCCCUGAGGAGAACCAGAGAGAAGACGCCCUAAUCAGGCUCAACAAAGCAGCCCUGGAGCUGUGCCAGGAACCGCGGCCAUUGCACCCUGACUUCCUGUACCAGAUGUGUUUGCAGCUGUGGCGAGAUCUGAUUGACAGCCUGGUAAGCCAUUCCCUGUGGCUGAGGGCUCUGCUGGGCCUGCCUGAGAAGGAGACCAUCUACCUGGACAUACCAGAAGAGCAAGGUGGAGUCCCAGAGAGGCGAGAUGACUUGCCACCCUAUCGAAAACCACCUCCUGUCACAGAAGUGAAGGUGACUUCCGGGAAAGUGGGAAAGGAGGACCGGAAAGGGGCAUCCCAGGAAAAGAAGCAGUUUGGAAUCAGAGACAAAGAAGAUAAAAAAGGAGCCAAGCUGUCACCUGGGAAAGAGCAGGACCGUUUAAACAGCAAGAAGCAUAAAACAAAGGAUGACAAGAAGCCGGCAAAAUCUUUAAGUCGGGAUGGGCUUUCCUUGGACGAGCCUGCCCCUGACAGCAUCAUCCCAUCUCAGGAACCCAUAGAUCCGCUGGUCAUGGAGAAAUAUACCCACAGGCUGCACACUGAGGUCUAUGGGCUGCUGGAUGCUCUGGUGACCGACCUGCUGGCCCUGGCUGAUGAACUCAACCCCCAAAAGAAUGCUGAGGAGCCUUUGCGUCUCGGCACCUGACCCACA